UGCCAUCUAUCCAAGAACCAGCCAUGGCAGAAACCAAGCAAGAAGCAUCUUCCCAGCCUCUUCACGUCCUGGUCUUCCCAUGGCUGGCGUUCGGCCACAUGAUCCCGUUCCUCGAGCUCUCAAAGCGGCUGGCGCGGCGCGGCCACGCCGUCACGUUCGUGUCCACGCCGAGGAACGCCGCCAGGCUGGCCGCCGUCCCGCCGGAGCUGUCCGCGCGCGUCCGCGUCGUCACGCUGGACCUGCCGGAGGUCGAGGGGCUACCGGACGGCGCCGAGUCGACGGCCGAUGUCCCGCCGGAGAAGGUCGAGCUCCUCAAGAAGGCGUUCGACGGGCUAGCCGCGCCGUUCGCGGGCCUCGUCGAGGAGGCCUGCGCCAGCGGCGGCGGCGCCGCCGGGUUCUCGACGAAGCCUGACUGGAUCAUACAAGACUUCGCGCAGAACUGGGUUUGGCCAAUCGCCGAGGAACACGAGAUCCCAUGCGCCAUCUUCCUCAUCCUGCCGGUGGCCAUAAUGGCCUUCAUCGGCACGCGGCACGAGAACGAGGCGCACCCACGCACGACGGCCGAGGACUACAUGGUCCAGCCACCGUGGAUCCCCUUCCCGUCCACCAUCGCGUACCGGCGCCACGAGGCCGAGGCCAUCGCCGCUGCGUUCCGGCCGAAUGCCUCCGGCGUGUCGGACAUCGACCGUUUCUGGCAGAUGCAGCGCCCCUGCUGCCGCCUCAUCGUACACCGCAGCUGCCCCGAGGUUGAGCCGCGGCUGUUCCCCCUCUUGACGGAGCUCUUCGCCAAACCGUUCGUCCCCGCCGGCCUCCUCCUGCCGGACGACGCUGUCGACGACGACGGCCCGGGUAGUGACCAGUCCUUCUUGGCUGUCUUGCAAUGGCUGGACGCGCAGCCCAGGCGGUCCGUCAUCUACGUGGCGCUCGGGAGCGAGGCCCCGGUGACGGCGGACCACAUCCGGCAGCUCGCCCUGGGCCUGGAGCUCUCCGGCGUGCGAUUCCUCUGGGCGCUCCGGCGGCCCGUUGGCCACGCCGGCGCGCUGCUUCCGGAUGGGUUCGAGGCCCGCGUCGCGGGGCGCGGGGUGGUGCGCGCCGGGUGGGUGCCGCAGGUGCGCGUGCUCGCGCACGGCGCCGUGGGCGCGUUCCUGACGCACUGCGGCUGGGGCUCCACCGUGGAGAGCCUCCUCCGGUUCGGGCACCCGUUGGUGAUGCUGCCGUUCGUCGCCGACCAGGGCCUCAUCACGCGGGCGAUGGCUGCGAGGGGUGUCGGCGUCGAGGUGCCGAGGAACGACGACGAUGGGUCGUUCCGCGGGGACGACGUGGCGGCGACAGUGCGGCGGGUGAUGGCGGAGGAGGAGGGCGAGGCGCUCGCGCGCAACGCCAAGGAGCUGCAGAAGGUGCUUGGGGACAGGGUAAGGCAGGAGCAAUACGUUGAUGAGCUCGUGGAGUAUUUGCAGCGCUACAAAUAAGGUCGCUCCGCGAUAAGUGCUUGCAUGUUUGAAUAAUAAUGCAUCUAAUUUGGCCCAUGUUGAACAGCAUCUGACAUGUACACUAUAGAUUGAUUAAUCAUGUUUUUACUCCGUAUUUAUUAAUGAAGAACGCUAUUUAUC